AUGGCAUCGCGAAGCCUCAUCCCAUCGUGUAGCGCGCAUCGUGCCGUGCGCCAGGCCUUUACCCAGGCCCCUCGUUCAUCGAUUACAGCUUUCAGAACCACGGCCGCGCCAGCCCUGUCUCCUCUACAGGCCUCCCCUCGAAACCAGCGACUCUUUCACGCAAUCCCGAGCCGAAGAAAGGACCAACAACCGCCAGCGCAACCUCCACCAACCAACUUUAGCGACCUUGACGUGCUUGGAAACACCCCAGCGCCCUCGACCUCGGUCGACGUGUGCAUGUACGAUGGGUUUGGACUGAACAGCGGCCUUACAAUUACAGGUGGCAAUGGUGUCCUGUUAAUUGACGGAGAGGUUUUCCACUGGCGACCAUGGGAGGCCAAGGGUUCUAUGAACCUCAUCAACAAGAAGGGCCAAUUCGAGCUCCCACCUAGUGCAUUUGCGCUCUUUGACCUACUAUGGCCUCGACCUGAUCUUCUAAUUAUUGGAGUUGGACCAUCGAAUGUGCCAUUAGCUCCUGAAACGAGGCGAGCUAUAUCCGAACUUGGCAUGCGAAUCGAACUUCUAGAUACAAGGAAUGCGGCUGCCCAAUUCAAUCUGCUGGCUACAGAGCGAGGUGUAGCAAACGUAGCGGCCGCUCUAAUACCCAUUGGAUGGAAGGAUGGUGUUGGAGCGAAAUAA